AUGCCAGCGUUUCCGAUACUUUCCGUCUCACGGAAGCCGAUAUUACUCUUUCUUUUUGUCACUGUAUUUAUAUUCUUGUACCAAAUUGCAAGUCAUCCGAAAGUGUCGCGAACGAUGCAAUCAUCAGCUUAUUAUACAAACUACGAUGAACGAGCUUGCCUACCGCAGAGGGUUUUAGAUAAGAACCCACCAACAAAAAAAGCAAAAGCCGCUAUUGUUAUUCUUGUUCGCAACAAAGAACUCGAGGCCAUUAAAGAAACCGUCAUCAACUUUCAAAAUGUAUUUAAUAAUAAUUUCGAUUAUCCUUAUGUAUUUUUAAAUGAAGUGCCGUUUACUGAAGAGUUCAAAUACACAAUUCGACAAGCAGCUCCUAAUGCGUCACGCAUCGAGUUUGGAUUAGUACCUGAAGCCCAUUGGAGUUAUCCUUCUUGGCACAAAAAGAAAUAUGGAUUCGUUGUCACGUUGUUGGAAAAUAAGAAUACAAUUCCUAGCUUAUGGAAGACAGUCCAGCAAUAUGCCAAAUCAAGACAUAUUGACAUCUCCAUGCCACAAUCGCCAUCGUCGUCACCCUUAUCCUCGGCCUCCUCCAAGCGUGUCAACAACAAUAACCACAACAAACGACUAUUGUUUCCGUACUUUAUCGAUCCAUCCACAGGUGAUUAUAAUCUGUGUCACUUUUGGUCUAAUUUUGAAAUCGCAAGCUUGAAUUUGUGGAGAAGCCCAGAAUACCGUGAUUUCUUUCAAUAUCUAGAUCAGACAGGCAACUUUUUCUACGAACGUUGGGGGGAUGCUCCUGUGCACUCCUUAGCAGCAGGGUUGUUCUUGAGCACAGAUGAAAUACAUUAUUUUGAAGAUAUCGGGUACCAACACGAUUUAUAUAGGCACUGUCCCACCAAAGAAAGUAGCCUAGGAUGCCGUUGCACAUGCCCCGAGGGAACAACUGAUAAAAGUAUUGAUCAUGAUCAAUAUUAUGAUACUUGCUUGCCAGUUUGGAAACAGCAUGUGAAGCAUGAAAAGAAGAAUUUGAAUUGGAAUGUCUGGUCAUAA